ACUCGCGAGUGUACGGUAAUCACGUCGCGUUCCUCAUUAGCAUAACAUCGCGAGACUUGGUGGCCACGCCCCCCGCUCCUCGAAGGAGUGCGCGCGGUGGUCUCUCGCCCAACAUGGCGGAGUACCUGGCGUCCAUCUUCGGCACGGAGAAAGACAAGGUCAACUGCUCCUUCUACUUCAAGAUCGGUGCCUGUCGGCAUGGUGACCGCUGCUCACGCCUGCACAACAAACCGACCUUCAGCCAGACCAUCUGCCUGCUGAACCUGUACCAGAACCCACAGAAUGUGGCCCAGACGGCCAACGGGACAACCUGUAUGAUCAGCGAUGUCGAGAUGCAGCAGCAUUAUGACGACUUCUUCGAGGAGGUGUUUGUGGAGCUGGAGGAGAAGUACGGAGAGAUUGAGGAGAUGAACGUCUGCGACAACUUGGGAGAUCACCUGGUCGGAAACGUCUACAUCAAGUUCCACUCUGAGGAGGAUGCAGAAAAGGCCGUCAACGACCUCAACAACCGUUGGUUCAACGGGCAGCCCAUCCAGGCAGAGCUCUCUCCCGUCACCGACUUCCGGGAGGCCUGCUGCCGCCAAUACGAGAUGGGGGAGUGCACACGUGGAGGCUUUUGCAACUUCAUGCACCUCAAGCCCAUCUCUCGCGAGCUGCGUCGGGAGCUGUAUGGACGUGGCAAGCGCAAGCGACGCCGUUCCCGGUCACGCUCGCGGGAACGCCGUCGCUCUCGCUCCAAGGAACGGCGCCCGGACCGCAGCCGUGAGAGACGUCGUUCCAAGGAGCGCGCCGGCCGCUUCUGAAGCAGUGGCUUCCUUCCCUCCCCUUCUUUAGCUCCCUCCCUCUCUCGCUUGCUGGCUCCCUUCCUCACCCCAUCCCUCACUCCUUUUAUCCCUCGCUCUCUUUCUUGCCUCAUUCCUCACUCCCUCAAUCGCUCCCUCCCCGAGGUCGCAAACGGGUUUUGAUUCCUUACCCGUACCCGGCCGCACCAGGGUCGCAAACGGGUACCCGUACCCGGCCAUGUACGGGUAGCCGGGUAUUGGGUAGGGUACGGGUAUCGGGUCCCCGAUUGCGACCUCUGCUCCCUCCCUCCCUCCCUCCCAUGCUUCCUCCCUCUCUCGCAGCCUUCCUUGCUCACCUCCCUCACUCAUUCCGCCCCAUCCCCCCCAACUCGCUCCCUUGUUUGUUUACGAGAGAGCAGAUUUUACGUAAACUACCAGGGCUGCAAAGGGCUUCUGUCUGCACGUGCACACUCGCAAGCACGACAGCCCGCAAGGCAAUUUCUGUACAAAUACGAGCGUUAUACAUGCCGCUCCCCACGUGAGCAUCCGUUUUUACCGAUACCAUCUUCACACCACGCAUGCGUGCACACACUUUCCGAGGCCGAUCUUGAAGGUUGCAGGUUUAACUCAAGGUUGCGCCAAAGAAAGUUUGGCUGACUUAACUUGGGUCCCUUUGGCUCCCAGCGGCCGGUUGCAGUGGCCGACCUGCAGUGUUGUGUAACGCAAGUUAAUUUGUAUUCAUCGCGAAUGAAACAGUUUAACCUUGACUUCAAACCUGCAGUCUUGUUAAUUUAAAAUGUUGAGUCAUACCCCAGCAGUUAGUGUGUGUUGCGUGUUAAACAGUCUAACAUGUAGCGUCUGUGUAAGUUGCACUGCGUUGUAGGAUUUCAUUAUAAAAUCAUAAAAGACCAAAAAACUGACUGUUUUCCUCUUUUUAUUUGCCAUUAAGAGAACGUCGCGUGUGUUGUUAAUUUUGUAUCUGGAGUAAUCCACGAAUAAAGGCCCAUUUGGUGCCG